AUGCUACAGCGUCAAAAGGACGGCGUCCUUACACUCAAGCUCUCGGGCUCAGUGCUCACUGACCAAGCCGACCGAACCGGCUACGUUGCCGCCAACUAUCAGUUCCAGUUCGACGCGCCGCCCCAAGCCGGUGCCAUCUACACCUCUGGCUUCUCGCUCUGCUCGAACAACAGUCUCGCCCUGGGAGGCUCUGCUAUUUGGUACGAGUGCUUGAGCGGAAGCUUCUAUAACCUCUACGACCGCAAAUGGGCCGACCACUGCUUCCCGAUUUAUCUCGUGGCCUUGAUCGGGUCUUCAGCUCCGCCAGCAACUCAAGCCAGCGAUGGUCAGCCGGCCGCUACGACCGUGGUUCCCUCUAUCACCCAGAUCUCCGACGGUCAACCACAGGUCACCUCGGCCGUUGUCACCCAAAUCAGUGACGGCCAACCCCAAGGAAACACUGCCGUAGUGACCCAGAUCAGUGACGGUCAGCCCCAAGCUGCCACUGCCACCGGCGCCCCGGUCUCUCAAAUCUCCGACGGCCAGCCUCAAGCCCCAACCGGAUCCCCAGUCAGUCAGAUUUCCGACGGCCAACCUCAGGCCCCAACCGGAUCCCCAGUCAGUCAGAUUUCCGACGGUCAACCUCAGGCUCCUACUGGCGCUCCGGUCUCGCAGAUCAGUGACGGCCAGCCUCAGGCCCCAACCGCCACUGCGACUCCGGUGUCCCAGAUCUCGGAUGGUCAACCACAGGCACCGAAGGGCACUCCCGUCUCGCAGAUCUCAGACGGGCAACCACAAGCUCCCACCGGCGCGCCAGUGUCCCAGAUCUCGGAUGGUCAGCCUCAGGCCCCGACAGCUAUCCCUGUCUCCCAGAUCUCCGACGGUCAACCUCAAGCCCCGACAGGCGCGCCGGUAUCCCAGAUCUCGGAUGGUCAGCCACAGGCCCCGACUGCUACUCCUGUCUCCCAGAUCUCAGACGGCCAACCGCAGGCCCCGACGGCGACGGUCGAGGCCGCAUCAGCCACGGGCACCAGCUCCGCCGCGCCCGCCACCUACACGGGAGCCGCGCCCCGCGAUACACUGUCUGGCAGCCUCGCAGUUGCGGCGGGGAUUGUGGGCGCCAUUGCGCUCCUCUGA